AUGGAGAGCCUGGAAUACAAGAAGAUGCAUCCGACGACUGAUUACAUCCAUUUCACUGGACAAAUCACCUGCAAACACAUCCAGACACCCACUAUUCAAUCGUUUGUGUUGUGGGAGCACAAUCGAAUUCUUAAGGACUUCCUCCCCUUCCAACAAGUAACCCUUGACCAGACAGUAUACCCAUAUAAGUACGAUGUGAAGGCAAGAGCGUUUGGUGAUUGGCCUACUAAGGAGUACGAGUUCUACUAUUACAUCAUUCACGACUGCAACUACUGGAGGGAGUCGAAGGUUCAGGAAGUUUGGUAUCAAGAUUUCAAAACUGAAGGCAACGUCACCCACAACAAGAAUAUUCAGCUUGAGUAA